GUGUUUUGCUGUUCUAGUAAACAACGCCGUUCACUUAAUGGCGGCGGGCGGGAAACCAGUCUGGCGUCGAUUCCUUCCAAGUUUAUUUGGCUUGCAAAAUACUGUUGUUCACUUGAAAUGAGGAUUAUACUGAGCUACGAAGAUUACAAUUUGCUGCUCUAAAGUGUCGUCGAGGCCCAAAAGAAAUUCUUGAUGUGGCGUGACACGUUCAUUUCCCACGUGGCCACGUGUGAAAUAUACUUCGUAGCAGCAGGAUUGACAGCACUCCAAGAUUGCAUCGAUCGAGGACAUAACACAUUUUACGACAGUGAUACGCAUUCGGAAAGGUAUAUCUGGUUUGUCAACCGGUACCACCCAACAUGCGCCACGGACGUGCGACCCUAUUUUAUCCUGAUUUUAUCCCGUCGUUCAAAAUUGCUGAUCAACAGCAGGAUACUGGCCGGCCGUGUGUUUAUCGUGCCCGUUAGGUAAUGGCAAGGGGCCCAGCUGAAAAUGUCCAGCAGCCAAGCAGCAAUACUACCAUAGUGGGAAGACACCUGUUGUCUGGAACUGUCGGAGCAGAAUGAGAGAGUUGGGGCUGUAAAGGAGAAGAGACGCCAACGGCCGAGCCAAUGGUUAUAUUGUUCGUUACGUCUACAGUAUAUCCACCUGGCGUCUACUACGUUGUAGCUCCUCCUAACACAAGAAGAACCAACCUCCUUUUUUUUAUAUUCCAACCGAAAAAAUUUUUUCGACGUCUAAACUAUAUAAGAGAACGGUGUUCCAGUCAGUGUCCCAGUCACUCGUUACCCGACCAGCGCCGUGUGUCGAGAGCAGCAGCAGCUCUGCUUUCUAAUUCCGAUUGUGUCCAACCCACCCCCCCCCCGCCUUCCAACGUGACACACAGACUGAAUAAAAGAUAACAAGUCACGAUAAGUGCUACGAGAUAUCGGAGUGAACAACAACAACUAAAUUCGUUUAGAAUUGAUGGCGUUAUCGUCCAAGUCACAUCAUCACUCCACGUCCAGCAGUUCGGCCGCCGUGAUGAUGAAAUUCAAGUGCAGCGAAUAUUCGUCGUCGGCAGCUCAUCAGAACUUGUCGUUCCAGUCGUCGUCCAGCGACGUGACAGAACAGCCGAAGAAGCGCCAGCAACAGCAGCAGCAGCAGCCGAGUCAAUUGUCGAGGGAGCUGGACGAUUGUUCGAGCGUCAGCAGCAGCAGCAGUAGUCUGGUCAACUCUGAUUUCUAUUUCUUCGCUAAUAGAGGCGUCGGUGCUGGUAAGGGCAAAGGGCCGGAUGAGGUCAGCAGCGAAACGGUGGACAGCGGCCUGUCGUCCGACACGGAAGGUUUCACUCCGCCGCCGUUGCCUCGCCGGGCCAACAAGAAGGCGGUGGCUCCUUGCAAGUCGGAGAAGCUCGUGAUGCUUAUGGAUGAUUCGCAGUCGGACGUCAGCGCCGAUUCGCUGGCCCUCAACGACGACGCCCAAACGGAAUUGACGUCGUUGGCCAGCAUCAGUGAUUGCGGCGGGCUAGACAACAACAAUGUCAGCCCGUUGACGGGACGUAAACAAGCUCUGCCCAGCAAUCUGUUGACAGAGAUUCGCACCAAAGCCGUCAAGCUCCAUCACUACCAGCAGCCGCAAUCGGUCAAAGAGCUGGGCAAAGCCCUCGACUCGCAAUUAAAACUCCAGCGCAGCAAGAGCUCAUCUGUGCCGCCGUCACGUAGCCGCAGUCUCAUUCUGCCCAUUCCGCCUCAGCCUCAGCAACAGCAGCAGCAGCAAAUCGCUCCGUCGUCGUUCGACCCGUCCGACUGCUACUACCAGCGCUUCCACAUGUGCGAGUACAUUGAAAUCGACAGCAAAAACAACAACAACAUCAACAACAGCAGCCAGCCGGAAUCGCCGAUUGACGACCUGAGCUUCGUCGGUUUGAAAGACAUUUUGAAUGUCGAGAAGAGUGGCCAAACCAUCAGGAGCCACAAGAGCGGCACGGUCCGCGGAGUGCGGAACCGCGUCCGAGCCGGAAUCACCACCUUCCUCCAGGGCAAGACCUUUAAGAGUUACGCGGAACGGGAGCACGGCAAAGUGGUGGUGUACACGACGUCGAUGGGCGUGGUCAGGCAGACAUUCCAGCGCUGUUUGCAGGUGCAGCGCAUUCUGGGCACGUUGCUCAUCAAUUACGAGGAGCGCGACGUCUCCAUGAACCGACAAGUGCAACAGGAGCUCAAGGAGCGGAUGAAUCGCAACCGCAUCGUCAUCCCGCAAGUCUUUGUCGAGGGACAGCUCCUUGGCGACGCCGACGCCAUUGAGAAAUUGAACGAAAGUGGCGACUUGAGGCAGAUCCUUCGUCGCUACAAGCGCGUCGGACCGGAAACCAUCUGCGAUUCGUGCGGCGGCUACCGCUACCUGCCGUGUUCCGUCUGUUCCGGCUCUAAGAAAUCCAUCCACCGCAACCACUUCACCGCCGAGUUUGCGGCUCUCAAGUGCAUCACCUGCAACGAAGCGGGUCUCAUCCGCUGCGUCGCUUGUUCAUCCACUUCGCCCGCUUGAUCCAGCAGCUUCUCUCCAGUUUACUCCGCACAAAAGAAGAAUAUAAGGAAAAACCCAACUAAUAAAAGCAAACCGGAAAUCUCUUUCUUUCUCUCUCUCUCUUCUCUUCCAAUUUUUAUUUCUUAUUUUUCUUUUUUUCCACUUGGUCAUUUUUCCACAUAAAAAAAAGGAAAAUUCAUUUACUUGAAUUUUGUCGGUCGUUUUCUCCACUCCAAGUAAUCCAUUUUUAUAGUAACAAGAUUAUUUUUUAUCGCGUACAACAACAACAUAAUCUGGCGUUUCAGUGUGUGUCCUAAUGGGUUCCUUUUUUGAAUGCAAUUCCUUCCCAAUCGAGCGCCAACAAGAUGUCAAAUCGUGUUGGCGACUUUAUAUAGUUGUGCUUUAUUACUUAUACUCGGUUCGACCAUGUCAUUUUCUACAUUUUCUAGGAUAAAAAUCAAUUUUUCGAAAACUAACAAAAAUAAAACAAAACAAAACAAAUGGAAGCGACGAUUCAGAGACGUGCAAAUGUUGCGUGUGUCUAGUGUGCUAGUUCUUUUAGAUUUCUUAAGACAUAAUAUCCCCCACCAGUUUAUUAGUUUCUGUGUGUACAUGAUCUGUGAUAUGUAUGUCGAGUGAAUGUUGAUUGACUUUCCACAAAUUUUUUUUUUGAUUUCCAAAUUUUGACUGUGGCAAUGUAAUACAGACAGAGAAGUGAACAUAUGACAAUACCGUCUCUAUUGGAAAAUUGUCAAAGGGAAAUUAAAAUAUACUGUACACUACUAAA